UGCGGACGUUAUUGCUGCUUCUGCCGCCGCGGUUCUUCUCCUCGGUUUUGCUCUCCCAUCACGCACACGUACGCGUACGCAUCUCUGAGCAUCUGAACCAAAGACACCCAUAAAAAAUAUAGAAGAAAUUGUGAUUUCAAGUGAAUUUUAAUUGCUAAAUUGUUAAAAAGAAAAGUAAUCAAAUAUAAAUUCAAGUCUACGAGUUUUUGGCGCACAUCGACAAGGCACAAAGGUUUCCCCCACGGUUUACGGUUCAAGCAAAAUGCAUUUUCACAUAUAAUUCGGAAAAUCUAUUCGGAAGAUCUAUCAAAAUGGGUGACACUAUCGAUGAGGCGCCCACGCCGACGCGACGAGAUAAACCGCAAAGUUUGAACAUUAGCCAGGAGGAGGCAUCGGCAACGGCAGCGGCCACCUCCUCCUCCAUCCCAAUACCCGCAUCACGCAGUCCGCGCAGCAAAAUGCGACUUGCGGAACGCGACCAGAAACGCGAGCACUCGGCGGACGGACUGGGUUCCGCGGUCAGUUGUCGGGAGGAAUUCGUGGGCCUCGAGGCAGCGCCGCGCCGCGAGAGUCUCAACAGCUGCGAGGCGGGCAGUCCCGGCAGUGCGCUAUCCACCAGUUUUGGCAAAUCUGCUGUUGGCCGUCUCAACUCCUCCAGGUACUCGUCCGGCGUCACGGGCAGCGUCAGUGGCAGCCUCUUGGGCAGCCUCGUCGGCGGCGGCACCACCACCCGCAAGUGUGUCCUGACGCUGGACGGGUACUCCUACGUAAUAGUGGCCAGCACGCCGGAGAGUUUGCCCAGCAAGCGAGACGAGGCCAAUAGUGCCACCGGCAGCAGCAACAGCAGCGGUGUUGGUGGUGGUGGUGCGGCGUCAGGCGGUGCCGUUUGUGGAGCAGCGAGCGGUGCAGCGAGUGGUGGAGCUGGUGCAGGAACAACAACGCCGGGCCACGAAGCCGCCGGCAGUCCCACAGUCUCCGAGCUCGGUGGCAUCGGCCCGAAUGCGACAAUAAAUGGUCAAGUGGCAAGACACGGCUCAUUGACCAUUAUUCGACGCACGAACAGCCGAAAUUUCUCGCAAAUCGACGCUGCACAGCUCACCUCGCCCUCGACCUCGACGACGGCCUCCGGCAGCAUCAGCUUCGCCCAGGCACCGCUCAGUGAACCACUUGCAGAGCGUCUCAGCUCCAGGCACCAGGCACAGUCCGGGGCCAACGGAUCAGCCCGCUCCUCCUCCUCCAACGAGCAGGGGGGCAGCAGUCAAUUGCCAGUCGCCGCGGCCGCAGCCACCAGCAAAAUGCAGCCCUCGUCGCCGAACGCGUCAAACUAUGUGCCCGAGAAUGUGCAGGUCUCGUCGGCCAAUCCGUCAACAACCGAUAUAAACGCGGGUCGCGACUCCUUGGAAUAUUUCACUAAUCAAUCGCUCAAUCCCACCGCCCAUACCUCGAUGUCACGGGAGAAUGACAAUCCGCAGUCGCACCAUUCGUACGAGAACGCUUCGAAUCUAUCGUUCGGGGCGAUACAAUGGGAAACCGAAAGCCUUCCGCCAGUCGAUACGCCAGAUGCCCUUAACAAAGCGGCUGGGAGAAUACGUAGUCUUCUCCGCCGCAUGGAUCACGAGACCGUUGCCUACGAGGACAUGCAGCGCAAUCUGCAUUAUGCGGCUCGUGUGCUCGAAGCGGUCUUCAUAGACGAAUCAAGCAGCGAGUCGGCCAGGCAGCGUUGCAACGGAAACUGCAAGAACCUCAACUGCAGCCAGCACAGCCACAGCCGUGACCAGGCGGACUCGACGGUAUCCGGCGGGGAGCAGCAGCAGGAUAACAACAAUUCCAACAGCAGCUGUUGCCUGCAGAAGAGGUCAGAGGAAGAGGAGGCCCAGCCGGGAGGCACAAAAACUGUGGCAGCUGACAAUCAGGCCAGCAUAGAGAGUCGCACCAAAGGCGUGUCUAUGGCCCCACAGACGCACAGCGGGCCCACGGGUCCGCCACCGACAGCGACUGUGACACCUGGCGGCGCCGAAGAGACGCUGACAAAAACAGUGCCAGCACUCGAAACCGUGACAGAAUCUGCUCUGGAAGAGCACUCCAUGGAAACGAUGACAAAACCUGCAGCGACAGAUACAAGUGCUCCACCUCCUCCGGCUGUUACCAGCACCACGACGGCGACGGCGACGUCGACGACGACGACGGCAACCAGUGGCAGCUCCACUGGGGAGGCGGUUGCGGCUGAAAGUGUUUCCAGCAGUAGCAGUUGCAGUAAUAAAGCGACCGUGCACCGACAAAGACGCCUGCGUACACCGGUCUGGGCGAGAUCUAUGUCGACGAAUAAAACGCGCCUGGCCGACGAGGACGAUGAAUUAUCGGAGGUGCAACCGGAUGCAGUGCCACCGGAGGUGCGCGAGUGGUUGGCCUCCACGUUCACGCGCCAGAUGGCCACCAGCCGCCGCAAGAGCGACGAGAAGCCCAAGUUCCGUUCGGUGGCCCAUGCCAUACGGGCUGGCAUCUUUGUGGACCGCAUUUACAGGCGCGUAUCCAGCUCGGCAUUGAUGCAAUUUCCACCCGAUGUGGUCAAGCUACUUAAGAACCUGGAUGACUGGACAUUCGAUGUUUUUGCUCUGACGGAGGCGGCCAGCGGACAGGUGGUCAAAUAUGUGGCCUACGACCUGUUGAAUCGCUACGGAGUGAUACACAAAUUUAAGAUUGCACCCGGCGUGCUGGAGGCGUUCCUACACCGCGUGGAGGAGGGCUACUGUCGGUACCGCAAUCCGUACCACAACAAUCUGCACGCGGUGGAUGUGAUGCAGACGAUCCACUACUGUCUGUGCAACACGGGCCUGAUGAACUGGCUGACGGACCUGGAGAUAUUCGCCUCGCUGCUGGCCGCCCUGCUGCACGAUUACGAGCACACGGGCACCACCAACAACUUCCACGUGAUGUCCGGCUCAGAGACGGCGCUGAUGUACAACGACCGGGCGGUGCUGGAGAACCACCAUGUGAGCGCCAGCUUCCGGCUGCUGCGGGAGGACGAGUACAACAUAUUGUCGCAUUUGUCGCGCGAGGAGUACCGCGAGAUGCGCACCUUGGUGAUCGACAUGGUGCUGGGCACCGACAUGACCAAUCACUUCCAGCAGAUGAAGACAAUGCGCAACCUGCUGACGCUGCAGGAGGCGACCAUUGACAAGUCGAAGGUGCUGUCCCUGGUGCUGCACUGCUGUGAUAUCUCCCAUCCGGCCAAACAGUGGGGCGUGCACCAGCGCUGGACCAUGCUGUUGCUGGAGGAGUUCUUCCGCCAGGGCGACCUCGAGAAGGAGCUCGGACUGCCGUUCAGUCCGCUCUGCGAUCGCAACAACACGCUCGUCGCCGAGUCGCAGAUCUGUUUCAUCGACUUCAUCGUCGAGCCCAGCAUGGGCGUCAUGUCCGACAUGCUCGAGUACAUCCUGACCCCCAUCGCCCCCGUACUAAAGACGAAGCCAUUGCCGCUGCUGGAGCAAGACGGGGCCAGCCUGGUAGGCGGCUCCCGGCCCUCCGACCGUCGCACUGAUGAGAAGUCCUCCGACUGCAGUGCCCCGCCCAUGGCCCGCAAGAGCCUCACCGGCGGCACUACUAGCAAGUUCGUAGUACCCAAGCCCUGGCUUCUCUGUCUCGCCGAAAACAAAAAGAUCUGGAAGGAGCAGGCUGUUAAAGAGCUCUUGGAUCGGCGCCAAAAGAGCGGCCAUCAAACUGAGCAUCAGGACCAAGCCCCGAAGCGAAAACAAAAAUCUCAUUUAAAACUAGAGUAAGCUGUCCCCGACACAAGUAGGGAUAAAGGCAAAAGAAGUGAAUACAGAAUGAAAGAACAAAACAAAUAAUCUAGAAUGCAACAUAGAAAUCAUUAUGGACUGAAAAAAGGAGGUCAUGCUGUCAGUACUUUUCUAAAUGUAUACCCAAAUAAAUGCUCUAUCGUUUAUGUUUUU